UGAAGAUUUGAACUCUAUUAAAUAGUCUUAUGAUUAAUGCUUUAUGAUAGACUGAGCAAGGAGCAUCUUGGGGAGCUGCAGCAGCAGAUUGAAGACCUUCAGAAAUCCUUGCAGGAACAAGAGUCCAAGUCAGAAAAAGAAAGGUCCAGUCAAUUGAAGCAGAAGAUAGCAGCCCAUAUGGAGAAAUUAAAUGAAGUCCACAAGGAACUGCAGAAGAAGGAAGCUCUUCUUGCAGACCUUCAACCAGAUUUAAAUCAAAAUGCACAAAAAAUAGAAGAAUUAGAAGCUGCUUUGCAUAAGAAAGAUGAAGAUAUGAAAUCAAUGGAAGAGAGAUAUAAGAUGUAUUUAGAAAAAGCAAGAACUGUCAUAAAAACUUUAGAUCCCAAAUUAAAACCAGCAUCUGCUGAAAUAAUGUCGCUAAGAAAACAGUUGGCAGAGAAAGACAAAAGAAUAGAAACACUUGAGGGUCAGUGUAAAUCAGCCAGGAUUCAGGAGCAUGAAGAAAAGUUAAUUGUAUCUGCAUGGCAUAACCAGGUGAGUUACUGUAUCUGUGCACAAGGGAAAGUUUUCACAUGGGUGAAAUUCAAAUAUAUUCUACUGAUGGAAGCAGCUUCCUGUGACAGGCCCCCAAAUAUGAUUUCCUAACCUUGUGCAGCAGAUUUUAAGAAGCUAGUGGAAGCCACAGGGUGGGGAUAGGGGAGUAUCUAAGUAUUCAAGCACAAUUAUUUCUGUCCUUGUGUAGCAUUGGAUUUUAUUCUUAAUAUUUUCAGAAUCAAAUAGCUAGAUCUGAUAUGAUUAAUAUUUAGUGAAAUGAUGAUUUUUCUCUGGGAU